UUAGUGUGCGAAACUGGUUCUAGCUGGAAGCUAGGAAGUCGUGACUAUUUGAACCCACAAGAUUUUUACAGUGCCCUGCUUUUCAGGAAACAGACUAACAAUGAUCAAUGGAAUAGUUUUAAAUGGCUUCCUGUAUGUGCUUUGAGCAAUGGUUCUUCUUUAGUGAAAUUGUGAAUUUUAGCUUUUUAUUUUGGGUAGUUACAGGAAGCGUUAAUAAUUAUCAUCUUAUUUAAUAAAAGCAGAACUUCAAGAAGUAGAUUACUUGAUUUGGUUAUGAUACCAUGAAUUUGGAUCCCCUUUAUUAAUUGUGAUUCCUUAAGUAUGUUAAUAAAUUAAUGCUUAUGCAUUCUAUAACAUUAUACACCCAUAUAAUUAUAUAUGUUGUCAUUGAAAGUACUUUGUGCAUAGUUGGCAUUUUUAUCAUUCUAAUUUACAAAAACUUAUUAUAAUAUAGUGUACAUAGAUGGUAUCAUAGAUACUAUGGAGCAUUUAUUAAGUACACUCCCUUUCUAUAUUUUUUAUGUAGGAUUAUAAUUAUUCAUUUUUAAUCAGGAAGCAUUUAUGUCAAGAAAGAAUAAAUGGAAAGUUUGGAGAAGACUUCUGCGGGGGAAAGAAAUUUUUACUUCUUAAUUAAGGAAUAAUAACUUUCUAAAAUUUUCUGUCACGUACAAAAAGUCAGAAGACCAAGAUAGAAGUAUUACAAGUUUGUUUCAUGCUACCUAUAACAAGAAUCUGAACGACUGAUGAUCAAGGCAAAUUGGCAACAGAUGAGAAGUGGAGGCUAGACUUGGAUCUCUUACGGGGUGAAGAGACUUAAACUGAUGAUGCAUUUGACCCUGCCCUCAGGCUCAUCCUGGUCAUCUCCUACAUUUUCAUUCUUAUUUAAGCUUAAGUUUUCUUUCCAUUGCAGUAUUUCUGAAUCACAUCUCUACUGAAAAAAAUGGCUACAGGGUGACUAUGCUGGUUCCUCCUUCAUUCACAAAGUCUACAUCCAUGGAUACAGACUUUCCCAAUAAAGCUUCUUGUGACAGAAGAAUGUGCUUCUACUGGAUUACAUGCUCUGCAUGCUAUAAAGUUAAUAUUGUGCCUGGUGACCCUUUUCAGGCCCACUAGCCAUGCCUGGCAUUGUGGUGUUCCGUCGUCGCUGGUCUGUGGGAAGUGAUGAUCUUGUUUUGCCCGCCAUUUUUCUCUUUGUUCUUCAUACAACUUGGUUCAUCAUCCUUUCUGUGGUGCUCUUUGGACUGGCAUACAAUCCCAAUGAGACCUGCUCUCUCAAUCUGGUGGACCAUGGCAGAGGUUAUCUGGGUAUUUUGCUCAGCUGCAUGAUCGCUGAAGUUGCAAUCAUCUGGCUCAGCAUGCGUGGCAGCAUUUUGUACACAGAACCCCGGGAUUCCAUGCAAUAUGUGCUAUACGUCAGACUAGCAAUCUUGGUGAUUGAAUUUGUCUACGCUAUUGUGGGUAUUGUUUGGUUAACCCAGUACUACAGUUCCUGCAAUGAUGUUACUGCCAAGAGUGUUACUUUGGGAAUGGUGGUCUGUAACUGGGUGGUCAUUUUGAGCGUCUGCAUCACUGUCCUUUGCGUCUUUGACCCAACAGGACGGACUUUUGUUAAAUUGCGAGCCACAAAGAGGAGACAGCGUAAUCUAAGAACAUAUAACCUGAGGCAUCGCUUGGAAGAAGGCCAGGCUAGCAGCUGGACCCGCCGUCUGAAAGUUUUCCUCUGCUGUACACGAACAAAAGAUUCACAAUCAGAUGCUUACUCUGAAAUUGCAUAUCUCUUUGCUGAAUUUUUCCGAGAUCUUGACAUAGUCCCAUCUGAUAUUAUAGCAGGCCUCGUUCUACUACGUCAACGACAAAGAGCAAAACGCAGUGCAGUAUUGGAUGAAGCAAACAAUGAUAUACUAGCUUUCUUGUCGGGAAUGCCAGUUACCAGGAACACAAAAUAUUUGGACCUGAAAAACUCACAAGAGAUGCUGCGAUAUAAAGAAGUAUGCUAUUAUAUGCUCUUUGCUUUGGCUGCUUAUGGUUGGCCCAUGUAUUUGAUGAGGAAGCCUACCUGUGGACUCUGUCGCUUGGCCAGAUCCUGCUCUUGCUGUUGCCUCUGCACUACUCGGCCCCGUUAUGCACCUGGUGUCACCAUUGAGGAAGAUAAUUGCUGUGGCUGCAAUACUAUUGCCAUUCGACGCCAUUUCCUUGAUGAAAACAUGACUUCUGUGGACAUUGUGUACACUUCAUGUCAUGAUGCGGUUUAUGAAACCCCCUUCUACGUGGCUGUAGAUCACGAAAAGAAGAAAGUAGUCAUCAGCAUUCGAGGAACUUUAUCACCAAAGGAUGCUUUGACUGAUUUGACUGGAGAUGCUGAGCGCCUCCCUGUGGAGGGUCAUCACGGAACAUGGCUUGGACACAAGGGGAUGGUGCUAUCUGCUGAAUAUAUAAAAAAGAAACUGGAGCAAGAGAUGGUGUUGUCUCAGGCUUUUGGCCGUGAUUUAGGCAGAGGAACAAAACAUUAUGGCCUAAUUGUAGUGGGCCAUUCCUUAGGAGCAGGCACAGCAGCCAUUUUGUCCUUUCUACUACGUCCACAGUAUCCAACUCUAAAGUGCUUUGCUUAUUCUCCACCAGGUGGGCUUUUAAGCGAAGAUGCUAUGGAGUACUCCAAAGAAUUUGUGACUGCAGUUGUGCUAGGCAAAGACCUUGUUCCCAGGAUUGGCCUCUCACAAUUGGAAGGAUUUCGCCGGCAACUUCUUGAUGUUUUGCAGAGAAGUAAUAAACCAAAGUGGAGAAUCAUAGUUGGUGCAACCAAAUGCAUACCCAAGUCUGAGCUCCCUGAAGAGCCUGAAGGGAACUCAAUAACCAGUAACCGCCUCUGGACUCAUCCUAGUGACUUAACUAUUGCCCUGUCAGCCAGCACACCUCUCUAUCCUCCUGGGCACAUUAUCCAUGUGGUUCAUAAUCAUCCUGUUGAACAGUGCUGCUGCUGUGAUCAGGAAGAACCUACGUACUUUGCCAUUUGGGGAGACAACAAGGCAUUUAAUGAAGUGAUAAUUUCUCCAGCAAUGCUACAUGAACAUCUGCCAUACGUAGUAAUGGAGGGUCUUAACAAGGUCCUGGAAAAUUACAACAAGGGCAAAACAGCUUUGCUUUCUGCAGCCAAAGUGAUGGUGAGUCCUACAGAAGUGGACCUCAACCCGGAAUUAAUCUUCUUGAAUCAACCCCUGCCUAGUAGACCUUCUGUACAGAUUGGAAUUGGAGACAUAACAGUGGACAGAAGGAACAGCAGUACUAAGACUAAGGCUCACACUGAAAUCAGUUUGGAAGGGUUUUAUGAAACCAAGCUUCUGUCACCAGUGCAGAAGGAUCCUGUGGAGGUCCUGCUACUAGAUACCAAGGAACGCCUGUCUGUAGAACUGCAGGACCGGCGUGCUCCUCUUGCUACAAUGGAGAGCCUAUCUGAUAAUGAAUCCAUCUAUAGCUUUGAUUCAAGGCGUUCCUCUGGUUUCCGUAGCAUCCGUGGCUCACCCAGUCUCCAUGCAGUCAUGGAAAAAGAUGAAACUCAUUGUUUUUAUAUUGAUCCAGCAAUUCCUGAGGAGAACCCCUCUCUGAGCUCACGGACAGAACUGCUUGCUGCUGACAGUCUCUCCAAACACUCCCAGGAAACUCAACCUCCUGAGGGCCUGCAGAACAGUGGAGAGACCACUCCUCAGCGGCGAUGCAGCGAUGAAGGCGCGGGUAGUGAUACAGAUCAUAUUUCCUUUACUCCAGAAGAAUUGACCCUCCAAAAUGGGAGGCUAAGUGAUGCCCCCAGCCCACAAGUGUUGGAGUUUGCAGAGUUUAUAGAUAGUCUCUUUAACCUGGACAGCAAAAGCAGUUCCUUUCAGGACAUUUACUGCAUGAUGGUAUCGGACAGCACCAGUGAUUUUGCUGAGAUUCCCAAGUCAGUCAGUGACCAGGAGAUCUUGCUAAGAGCACAGUAUGAACCCAAUUUAGUCCCAAAGCCCCCCAGGUUAUUUGCAGGCUCAACAGAUCCUUCCUCAGGCAUAUCUGUUUCCCCUUCUUUCCCUCUGAGUUCUUCUGGAGAGCUUAUGGACCUCACUCCUACAGGCAUGAGUAGCCAAGAAUGCCUCACCACUAACAAAAUCCGGACUUCCACUCCCACUGGAAAUAUGACCAGUCCUGCCAAACAAGAAGACCUUGUGAUCUCAGCCCUCUAAUAUAGGAGAGAAGGUGCAGAAUACCUAAUCCUAUAAUAGUGAAUCUUGGGACAGCACUUGGAGGAGCUGGUCUCUUGGCAAGUGAGAAUGGGUGAAAAUGCAUGGGGAAGUAUAGUUUCCCUUUCUGGGUGCUACACUAAUGGCACUGCAAAGGAUUUCAGCAUGAAAGAUGCCACAUCAUGGGUCAUGUUCUUUAGUUAGGGAGAAAAUCACUGCCUAAUGCAGCUUGCUGCUUUUCAGGGUCUUGUUCACUGAAGUUAGAUGAUUGGUUUCCCUACCUCAGCAUAUUUCUUUAACAAGAAGGCAGACUCAUUGCCUUUCCUGCUGAAAUUAUGAACGUACUGUCCAUGGGCUACAUAAUUAGAGUAACUGAGGUCUGAUAAUGCCCAAUUGUCAUGUCAAAAUCAAGGAAAUUCUGACAUUGGGCUUUAUUGCACUAGUGUGUCAUGUUUGAUCCAAGUACCUGUUUAUUGUUGUCACCAUGAUUUUUUUUAAUGACAUGCUCUCCCGUUUUAUAGCCAUUGACUGCGUUCCAGAGGAAUGCAGCCUCCUGCUUUAAACCCUAACUGGAUGCAGUGAGAAUUGGGAUGGGGCAACCUGUGCUCCUCCGAUUAGCUCUGUGUUCAGUGAUAUCUGCUCUUCUUCUAAGAAGAAAGAAAAUACGUGUGCUGGAGAGUUGAAGGCCAUUUCCAUCUUUCAUCACCCACUGGAGGGGUGAACAGUCUCUUGGGUCUCACAUUGUUACACAGCUCCCCAAACCACUAUGAAAUAGAGACAAUCUUGCUCUCUAGUAUAAUUGUCAUCUUUAUUUGCAUGGAUUAAUUGGUCUAAACUAGCUUUUGUUCUUCAAGAAGCUUGCCUAUGCCCUGCAUUAUUCCCCAAGUCCUUCAGUAUGGAACUAUUUUGUUCCCAUUUAUAAUUGCAGUAUAAUAUUGUCUGUCUCUGAAUUCAGGAAAAAAGGGGCUUUUACUGCAUAUUGAAAUCUCAUGUAUGUUUACAGAUCUACUAAACAUUUGGGAGGUAAUCAGGAAAUGUCUACUUUUGUGGGAAAAAUGUGCUCUCUGCCCUUCCCAUUUCUCUAUUGACAAGGGGCCCUAACUCAGCCAGGGAAAAAGUAAGAAUAAUUGCUAUUACAUAUCCUUACUAGAAAGAAAGACUGGAAUGUUGGCAUUAACCCUCUGUGUAGUGCAUCCUAACACCCAACUGAAUAUUACGGGCUUAUGAAUAUGAGGUAACUGCACAACAGCAGCUCCUGAAAUCGCAUCUCAGCUAUUAAUCUGCAGUUUGGUGCUCACAAUUAUGUUUAUGACAACAGGGUGACACUGUGUAAAAUUGCAGGGAUUUUCCAAUGGAGAAAUUGGGGAUGAAAUAACAUUUAUGUAGAAGUUAAACACUUGAUCUACAUGCAUACAAUAAUCUUGUAUUGUGCUAAAAUAUAACUGAAUAUGACUUUAAUGCCACAGCAAAUUUUUACCUUCAGACUAGUUCAAUAUACUGUGUCUGGGUUCUACAAAGUACACUAAACUCAUCUUACAGGUCAUGAAGUAUGUCCUUAGUAAAUCCCUUAAGUUUGCAGCUGUAAGCCUCCAAGUAGGCUGUUAAAAUAAAGUGUUUUUGAGGAAUUUUUUAAGCUCCCAUGAAUGAUUAGUAUGCUAUGUUAUGCUUAGAAGUUGUACAUUGUGAAGAAGAUUGAGAAGAACUAUACUUUGUGGUAACAGAUAAUGUAACCCUGCAUAUCUACUUGUAAGUCUCAGUAGGCUCAGUGAGACUUUUUCACAGGUAAGUGUGCUUGGAAUUGCAGUCUUAGUUCUAGGAGACUGUCUAUAUUCAAAUUACUGCCUUCUAUACUUUUAACACUGCAUUUAUUUGAAAUAAGUGCAAUUUACUUGAAAUAGGUCUGCAGUAAACUCAUGUGACUCCCAUUUGAGAAAAUGCAUUGAAUUGGGCUGCAAAAUUUGGUUAUAAAAUAGUAUACUUACAUUGCAUUAGUGUAACUUAUUUUACAACAUGAAGGAUGCUGUUGAAACUGCGGCCUUUGGUAUUUAUAUGCUCUUAAGUGAGACAGGUUAACUCUAUUUUAAAGUGAUUAUGCUUUGGAAUUAUAAAUUUCUACACUUAACAUAGUAUUAAUUUAAUAAUUUAGGGUUAUUCCAGUUCGUUGUAUAGCUUUGUUUUCAAAUGUUCCUCUUUUUCCAAGAGUUCUUGUAUCAGUCAAGAACAAUUCUGCCCAUCUUCAAGAAAAAAAAUCUGUCUUUUGUACAUAGUACAACACAAUAGUAGUUGUUGUCACUCAUUUAGAUUACCAUAAAUAUGUGCUACCCUAGGCUAACAAAAUGUUGUUCUUCACUUAAGAAAUAAUAAGAAUAAUAAAUAAAUAAUAAAAUAAAAUAAAUUACAAAUAGAAAUAACAUUGAGCUAUUUAAGGUAAAUUCACAUUUUCAAACAUUGGGAUAUUUUUUGUGAUGAAAGCACAUAACAAAUACUUUAAUGAAAUUUGGAAAAGAAGAGAUAUUGGUAAGUUUAAGGUGCAGGUCCUUAUGAUGAGUUAGACACUCCAGAUUGAGUGGCUUAAGGAUCUGAGGUAAACAAUCUAAAUUGGAUGGUUUCAAUCAAUCACAUAAAAGCAAUGUUUUGUGAAUUGAACUACCGUAUUUUUUGCACUAUAAGAUCCACCUGACCAUAAGAUGCACCUAGCUUUAGAGGAGGAAAACAAGAAAAAAAAAUCAGGUGAAGCCUGAGAGGAUCACAAUAGGUGUCCUCUCAUGUGCCAGCUCUGCCUAUUGACUCCUGCAUUGCGGAAGAGACAGAAGAGACGAGGUUCAGCACUAUAAAAGGACCCUGCUGUGGCGGCCCAACUGCUAUUCACCAAAGGACUGACACCAAUGCAUAGACAUUUCCACCCACUUUGCGGCGGGUGGGUGGGUGGGGGAGAGUGUGUCUUAUAGAGCGAAAAAUACGGUAUAUUCAGUUAUUAUGUUAGGGCUAUAAUGUCUGGUUUGCAAAAUCCAGAGUUGAUGUUUCUGUUUUUGCUAAUAUCGAAUGGUUAUCUAAUGAUAGCCCUAGCUAAUAAUUAGCACCUAGAGAAUUCUUUAAACAUCAAAGCACUUUACAAAUUAAAUAAUCUUUCCAAGCUAGGUCAUGAGAACAUCAGAUGGGAAAAAGGGUUUAUGUUUGUAAUUGAAAGAAGCCUAUCUGAUGUAUUAUUUGAGAUAGCAUUGUUAAAAAUAUACAGAUGUUAUAUCAUAUAGGCUUUCUUGCUUAAAAGAAUUAUUUUAGAGUUAGAGAGUAUUGAAAAUGAUGAGGUAGCUGAUGCAGCUUUGCUUGAAGAAGAAUUUAAUUUAUUUUCCUGAUGGUAGAUCAAAGCUAUUGCACUACAAUGUCACGUCUGACCUGAAGGCAACUUUAUUGUCAUUUCUUAGAGGUUGUUAUUAUUUUUAUUUUAAAGUUGUUUGAUAGUAUCCUUAAGAUUUUUCUUGUUUGGGGCGGGAAGAAUUUAUCUAACUGAGUCCCAGAUUAUUUGUAUAAUUUGAGGGUUUUUUGUUCAAAAAGAAAAAAACACAUUGCAGUGACUCAUAUUCUUCAACUAAGCUUGAGUGGCUAUAAUAAAAUGGGAGUUGACUGGGAAUAUUUAGUUGUGUCAGUUUACAACAUUCCAUUUGCCUAUUAUAUUCUUAUUUAUCAUAUUAUUUUAGCGCUAGUUGACUAUUUUAAUAUAAAUCUAAGUAGUAUAUAAACAUAUCCAGCAAUAUUAAUAUUCAUUUCAACUGGAAAUGAUCUACAACUGACAUAAAUUCAGUGGCCUGUUAAGUUUCAUGCCUAAAUGUGGUACUACCUCUUUCAUUCCUAAAAAAUGCUACUGUUCACAUAUAUGCUCCCUCUACCUUGCUGAAUUGGUUUUCAUCAUCUCCCCGCCCCACCCCACCCCAGGUCUGAAAAAUGCCACUCUAUUUAGUUAUAAUCUAUUAUUGUUCUACAUUAAUAGUUAAUAGAUCUUGAAUGGAAAUUAUACCACUCGAAUGAAUGUUUGAAGCAGAGUUGGCCAUCUGAUUUACACUAGCAAGUUGGAUUUGUGCACUUUAACAAAUGUUAAAUGCAAAAGUUCUUAAAUAUGCUGAUGCUACUUUGCCAAAGAUGCCCUCAAAAUCUUUCAGCUGACAUGUUAUAAAUUAGCACAGCUAGGCAAUCUGGAUCUUUUGCACAGCAAUGUGGGUUAGGAUUAUACCUAAUGGACAGGGAUUCAAAACAAAAACAAAAAAUAAAGUAAGUGGGGGCUCCAAACUGUCAGUCUCUGAAUGUGGCUAAAGAAUAUAUGUGACACAUUUUUAUCAAUAGGUCUUUUAUUGUGCUUAAAUAUAAGUGUAUAACAAAAAAUAUUUACAAUAAAAUUUCAAUGACUGAUUUAACCAUCAUCAAAUAUAAUUGGAAACAAGUACAUAAACUUGCAUUUUGUUUAAUUAUUUGCACAGUUUAAAAUAAUUUAUUGCUGUUCAGAUGAAUUAGUGGAAGGUUGUUUCCAUUAUAAAUAACUGAAAGAGGGUGUUCUUAAAAUUUACCCAGAUCAAUAGUGUUUUUGUUAGUUCUUCUGAACAUGUUUUUUCCAGACAUAAAUCCUAUUAUUGAAAGAUUUGUGCCAAAUGUGGAGAAUGGAAACUUAAUCUUAUGGUAAUUCAUGUGGUUUUAAAUAUACAUUGAUCUUUCCAUAUUUUUGUUCCUCUUCAAUAAUCUGCAGUUUUCAUUUCCUGUUCUAUAAUUUUUCAAACAUGUUGAUUAUAAUUAUAUUUUAUCAACUUUCCCCCUGUAUGCUUGAUGCUAAAUACUCAUUUUCUUUGCCAUCAUUUAAUCUUAAUUAGCACUGGAGUCAUCUUAUUGUUUCAAAAAACCUGUUUUCUCAGUUAUCAAGCUUUCCCACAUUUUAAAAUUCAAAACUAUCCAUGGGAGUGCUAUUGUUCCAAGCCUGUUUUCCAAGUCUUCAAAUUACCAUAUUCAAAUUACAAUUCUUCUUCCAAAUAACACAUCCUUUGUUCUUCAGAUUGCCAUGGGAAAUACGAUUACACAAGUGUUACUGAAUAAUGCCUUUGAUGAGCACAUAAUUUCUCCUUCAUGUAGUUUGAAAACCUCUGGGUCUUUUUUUGUGCAAUUAAUUACCAUUUCUCCUACUAUGCAAUUGUAAUUUUGAACUAUCAAAGAUCAGCUUUAAAAUAUAUAUAUAUAUGUACAUAUGAGGAAUGGCUACAUGCUACAAUUUUGCUUUGCCCUACAGUUUCAAGAAACCUGGUGUAUUGUGUCUAGUUCAAAGCCAGCAUUCAAAAAGACUUCUCACUUCAUAGGAAAAGUGAUGGAUGGCAACUAAAAAGUCCAUCCUUAAUACUGGUGGUGGUGGUGGUGGGUUAUUACUAUGUAAUGUGUACUGCUAAAGAUAAAAUUGUACAUAAUGAGUCCUAUGAAACAAUCUUACAUUUCCAUAGUCCAUCUUGCCCAGGAUUGACUGUUCUGGACAUGUUUUUCCAGUGCCUCAGGCAGAGGGUUUUGGAUUUGUUGAAGAUUGAAUCAGGGAUUUUAUGGAGACAGAUUAUGUGUUCUACCAUUGAUUUAUGGCUUUAACAAUAACAACACUAACAAAAUAAUCCUUGAUUAAAGCUUGCUCUAGGAAGUUUUAAAUUUAAACUGAAAAAUAUCCAAAUUAUUGCACCAGAAAACAUCCAACUGAUGUUCCAUAAAUUUUAAUUUAUAAUAUUUAAUUAAAUCAUAUUUUAUAUUCAAGCCUCAAGCCUGGGGCCUAUUAAAACCUAGAAACGUGUUGACAGAAAUAUGCAAGGUUUUUUUGCACAAUCUUGAUGUCCUUUGUUUCUGAAUUGUAAUUAUUUUUUUCUUUAGCACCUAGUAUUAAUGUUGGUAUAGAAAGUGACAUUGAAAUAUUGAAAUGUCUGCCAUGUGCUUGUCUUCUCAAAAUGUACAAAUUAAGAUAUCUUAUUGAACAUGGUGUAUUCUCUUCUGAUAAUUGUUACCUUUAAAUAUUAUUUGUAUAAAAUAAUUCAGAUUACUUGAUCCAGAAGGCACAUUGUUAUGAAACCAUCAGUCAAUUGGGAAGAUUUACACAUGUGCAAAUGCACGCACCCCAUUAGAGACCUAGCCCGAAAUGCUUUCACAUCAAAGUGGUUGCCAAACUUUAAGGAAUUGGAAGGCAGAGGUGGGAGAAGUUGGGGUAGGUUUUGUACGUAAUUUCAGAGAUUAGAAACUUCUAGAGAAGUGAAAGUAAAACACUUUAUUUGAUUUCCUCUCUAAUGGGGAAUAGACAAAAAAGAUCAUCAGCUCUGGAAUACAUUUUCCACCCAAGGCAAUA